GGGUCCGGCUUGCGUGUCUGAACAGUAGCCUAGCCAUAAUGACUAAUGAAGAGGUCCGAGAAAAAGUUCCACAAACUUAUGGACAAAGGAUGCUGUUUACAGGUCCAGACGGAAUCGCAGAUUAUCGGACGAGAUUCAUCGAUUUCCCACAACAUGGGAUUGGCAUUAUGUCGUCCGAAGCAACAAGCGAUGUGAGUUACCUGUUUCGGGCCAGCCUAAACCCUAUUCCACCUCCACUCGGGCAGAGAUGUGUCGGAGGGGUGGGAUGGGGCUUGCAAUACCACCAGCUGUUGAACAGCGAGACGCUGGUUAGUAACAUGCAAAUUAAGAGAUCUGAAAUCCGCUCAGCCCUGGAGGACAGAGUGACUCACAGAUAUCAAAACCCAUGGACUGCACCGCCCCACUUUCUAGACAAGCAAUCUGCCGGAGCCAGAGGCAGACUCGCUUGGACACCCAACAUCUACGACAGUUACAGCAAGGAUGUCAACAAACAGUUUCUACUCAACAAAGUUAGUCGUUAACUAUAAGAAUAUUCAAUACCUUGCCCUCACUGACCUUGUGAACCAGUUGCAUAACAUCUGAUACUCGAAACUAGUUGGAGGAGGAAAAACGUGUGGGCUCUCUUUUCACUCUCAAGUUUCCUCCCUCACUUGUCACCUUGCACUUACAAUUUACCAUACGGGAAUAAUAAAGCUAAAAUUAUUUGUGGUAGACUGCACUUUGUGCCUGCCACUGGGUUAUUCAAAAGGGUGGUCAGAAAAUCCUUGUUGAAAUGUCUAUGCCUACAGGAAGAUUUAAU